AUGGCUUUGAAGAACUUCAACCCGGACGUCUUACUGCAAGGCUGGUCCGAAGAAAAAUACUCUCCGCUUCAUAGUGGAAAGACAUUUGCCCAGUGCAUACGAGAAGCGUUCAACAUUCCCAGCUCAGACAGCUACGUUUAUCGUGCCCAGGCAGAGACUACGUUGGACACCACCCAGAACGCUAUUGGAGGGAAGCGAAUACAUGGCUUGCACGGAUGGUACCAUGAUGAUGAGGGCAACCCUACCGAACCCCAGUACCCAACAACCGAAGAAAUAUCAGCCUACACCAAUCUCUUCGACCCCUCAAUAAACCUCCCCAAGACCCUCAAUGGCUUCAAAGCAAACUCAAAAGCAAACACCCUCAGAUCGCAAGUUGCCAACCACCUCUCCUCCCGCUUCCACAACACAACAACCGGCCUCCUCCCCUCAAAAAAGGACCGCCAACACAUUAAUCCAUACUUUUCCCUCUGGACCUACUCAUGCCAUGAACUAGAAUGGGCCGGCCCCUUACCAUCCACAACACACACCAAGAUAUCCCACCAUAUCCUGCCCAUCUUCUACCACCACUUCGGUUGCAUUGUACCAUCCUACGCUGCCCUUCACGUGAUAGCGAAACUAGCCCAGCCUGCAAAACCCAGCAAAGAAUCCGUACUGCCAAUCUUGGACAUCGGAAGCGGAAACGGGUAUUGGACAUUUAUGUUGCGCCACUUCCCCAUUGCAGAAGGCGCUAAAGAAUUGGAUGUGCGCGCCAUCGACAGCCAGCUCAGCGAGUACCGCGUGUCGUGGAUACAAGAUACGAUCGCCAUGGACGGCAAGUCGUACCUCAAACAGAAUGCGAAUGGCAAGGGUUGCGUGUUGUUAUUGGUGUAUCCACAGGCCACGGGGGAUUUCACUGCGCCGAUUUUGAGGGCAUUUGAGGGCGAUACGGUUGUUGUUGCGGGCACACAGAAUGGGAAUGGGUUUACGGCUUUUCAGGAUCAGGGCGUGGAUGAGUGGGUUGAGGGGAAUCUUCCGGCGUUUGAGUUGGUGCUGCGGAUGCCGCUGCCGAGUUUUGCUGGGAAAGAUGAGGCGCUGUUUGUUUUUCGGAGGAAAGCUUGA